GGCUGUUGUUCUUACUGUUCCUAAUUCAGAACUUAACAGUCUACACAUGUAGACGCGUUUUCUUGCGGGCUCUCAUUCAGUAUUCUCUUCUAACUCGCUCAAAAAGAAAAAACUUCGGGAGAAAGCUCUGAAAGUACAGGGCAGAAGCAGAACCUGAUUCUUUAUUACCUCCAUUAUAAUAUUAUUCCCCUCCACAAACGUCAUUGUUGAAUAUAAAGGCUUCAUAUUCCCAAUACCCAUAAUUCUCUAUGGCUUCUUCUUCUUUAUCUAAUCGGUCGGAUUGACCACAGGCAAGGGUUUUUCUUUGGGGUUUUGUGUGGUGCCAUCAAAUCCAAAUGAUGUUCCUGUUUUUGUUGCUUGUUUUUGUUAUUGGGUUUGGAGUUGGGGCGCUGACGAUUGUGGGCGCGGAAGCGGUGGGAGUGUAUUUCAUCAUCGAAUGGUUGAAUCAGAAGACCAAACAAAAUGAAGCCCAGAUAGCAUCACGAUCGCAAGAGUCUUCCCAGGACCUUGAUCCCAGUCAAUCUCUCGAUUUCGCUUACAACAAGCAGGGGGUAGUAUGGUUGUUAGAAUCAGAAAAGAUUCCAAAAAAUUGGCUGGACAAAGGACCAAAGGAGCAAAAGAGAAAGAAUGAUUUCUUGGAGGUUUCCCCAGUCAAAAAGCAUGCAAAAAUCAAGGACCAAAAGCUUAUUCUGGCCGAAUCAGAUGGUUCCAACACAGUUAUUGAGCUUAAGGGCUGCAUGAUUGAAGCUGUUUCAGCAACAAGCGUAUCUUCACGAAAAUGGGCCAAAAGGUUUCCUUUAAAACUGGAAAGCAAGACUUCGAUAAUUAACAAUGGAAGUAAAAUUCUUUACAUUUAUCUUGAGACUUCCUGUGAGAAAGAAUCAUGGUGUAAGGCUCUCCGUCUAGCAUCAUGUGAUAAGAAAGAAAGAGUUGACUGGUUUGCCAAGCUGCAUGAAGGGUUCCACAAUUACCUGACAACCUUAAAUCCGGGAUAUCCUUCAUUUACGAAACCCUCGAUGGGGUUCUGUGCUGAGCCAGCAGAUCAGACAAGUAGGUCUGAUGGAACUUCCUCAAAGGUUCGCUUACUUUGGAAGAAAAUUGCAAAGAAGACUUCUAGGGUUGGUUUAGAAAAUAGGUCAAGUUGGGCUCAAUUAUCAGGCCUGGCAGAGAGAAAGUCAAAUGAGAAAACUCGUAUAUUUCAAGAGUCAGAAUCAGCCUCUGCCUCAAUGAAGAGAUCUAAGAGUGAAGAAAAUUUGGUUCAACAAUCGGCAUCAACAUUUUCUCAUUCUGGAAGCCAGAGUCAUACUUCCGUCAUCUCAGAUGUAGAUUCCAAUGAUAGGCUUGGCAAUGAUGAGGGCACACUCUGUUGGAACUUGUUAAUUUCUCGUCUCUUUUUUGAUGUGAAAAACAAUGCCGAGAUUAAAAGAUCUAUACAAGCACGGGUUCAGAGAACACUGUCCAGUACGAGAACCCCUAGCUACAUAGGUGAACUCAUCUGUACUGACAUUGAUCCUGGGAGUCUCCCACCUUACAUUCAUGGUGCGAGGAUUCUUCCAAUGGACAUGAAUGAGGUAUGGGCAUUCGAAGUUGACAUUGAAUAUUCUGGUGGUGUGGUUUUAGACAUUGAAACAAGACUGGAAGUUCGUGAACUAGAUUUCCAGAAGGGCAUAGUGGAUUCAGUUCCAGGAUCAAGCUCUGUUGGAGAAAUCCCAUCAGAUCUUCUUGAGGAUUUUGAGUAUUUUGGAAGGCAGUUAAAUCCUACUGGAGGUAUAACCGAUGCACCAGAGAGUAAGGAGAAAGAUGGUUUAGAAAGCUGCAAGAACACUACAUCAGCAUCAACUUAUGGUUCCAGGUGGAAGUCCAUCCUUAAUUCCAUUGUCAAACAGGUUUCACAGGUGCCUCUGUCUUUGACCAUAAGGGUAGCAUCCCUUCGAGGAACACUGCAGUUACAUAUAAAGCCACCUCCUUCUGAUCAGCUAUGGUUUGCUUUCACAUCCAUGCCUGAUAUAGGUUUUAACUUGGAGUCUACUGUAGGGGAACACAAGAUAACUAGUGGACAUGUUGCUUCUUUUCUGAUCAGUCGGCUUAAGGCAUCUAUCCUGGAUACUCUGGUGCUUCCAAACAGUGAAAGUGUCUGUAUUCCCUGGAUGAUAGCAGACAAGGAUGACUGGGUUCCCAAGAAGGUUGCUCCGUUCAUAUGGCUUCGUCAAGAAGCAAUUAAUGAGCCAACUGCUGGGCGUGAAGCAACGACCUCCCAACCUACUGAAGCAAAACCCAAGACGGAAUCUACUAGUGGCACCUCCAGUUAUCCAGAACGCAACCCAAUUAAUGAAUCUACUGAUGUAGCAGCAGCAGAUUCAACAAGUUAUACUAAUUUAUCAGGGCAUGGCAGCAGAAAUUUGCAAGAAUUGACUACCCCUUUGUUAGGAAAUAAUGAACCAAAAGAAACUCCCAAACAAGUUGAGGAAGCUCCAGAGUAUCAGUCACUGUCUGGGUCUGUAGAUUUGUUCGGGAAACAGGACAGUACCACAGAAGAAGAUGCUUCGAGGCUGAAGAGAAUGGGGAGAAGAGCCAGGAUUCUUGAUUUAGGGAAGAAAAUGGGUGAGAAAUUCGAAGAAAAGAGGCGUAACAUUGAAGAAAAGAGCCGAAACAUCGUUGAGAAGAUGCGUGGACCGUGAAAUAACAUUGUUGAAUGAGAAGAUUUAGUGCAAAAUGAGAGCAUUUUGGUACAAAAGAAGAGACU